AUGGAUGAUGAAGAUGCCAUAAUAGUAGACAUAGAAGAAAAACAGAUAGGGGAAAAAUCUAUGGACAUAAAAAGUGUAUAUAACAUAAGGAAAGAAGAUUUAAUUUUUCAGGAAUAUGUGAAUAAGAAUAACAACUCAGCAAUUAAUAUGUUUAAUAACGAUCAAGUAAAUGUAUACAUUGAAAAUAGGGAUUUGAAUAAAAAGACCUAUAAUUGUUAUACAUGUAAUAUACAAAUAUAUAACUACUCUUUUUUUCGAUAUCAUUUUAAGUCCGAAUGGCACAAGUACAAUUUAAAAAGAAAGCUGCUCAAUUUAAAUGCAGUAAACGAAAUAACUUUUAAUGAAAAGGUACAAAUUUUGGCCAAAGGCGAUGAAAAAAAUAACAGCACACACAAAAAUGACCAAAUCAGCAACGAAAAAAGCGACAGUAAUCGUGCACAAAAAAAGCAAAGUAACAGUAAUAAGAAAAAAAAGGAAAAAAAAAACAAUGUCGAUUUUUACAACAAUAAAAAAAUGAACAGUAACAGUAACAUUAAUAACAAUUCUGUAGCGCAAAAGAUACAAUAUGCAACGAAAGAGGACAUUUUGUUGACAAAAAAUGUAAAAUAUGACAAUCCAAUGGUGUGUUUUUUUGAUAAUAGAAUAUUUAAUUCGGUAGAAGAAAAUAUAAAACAUAUGAAUGAUAAUUAUACCUUUUACAUUCCAGAUUUAAAAUAUGUAACAAAUUUGAAGAAAGUUAUUUUAACCAUAGGGAAAAAAAUAUACGAAGAAAACAUAUGUAUUUACUGCUUUCGAUAUUCUAAAUGCGUCAAGUCUCUUCAGUCCCAUAUGAUAUGCAAAAGUCAUACCAAACUACAUGCAGACUUUUUCAUUUUUAUUCAAAAAUAUUACGAUUUUUCAAAAUCAUACGUCGAUUUGUUAAAUAGAUACAUUACUAAUAAGGAAGACAAAGAGCUACUUCUUUGUAUGCUCCACAAAAAAAUUAAAAAACAAAUAGGUUCUAAGUGUCACAUCAGUGCCAAGUAUUAUGAUGAUGAACCCACAUCAAGUUACAAAUAUAAUACACAAAAAAGAGAUACGGGUGAUGGAGUAAUUUGUGACAGAAUCGAGCAUGAAAACCAUGUAAACAAUUUCGCAGCAAGUGACAAUUCGCCUAAUAGCAUACGUGAUAAAAACUUAAGCUUACACUUUUCUGACACAGAGGAGCAGAAGGUUGACCUCAAUGUCAAAGAUAAAAGUGAAAACGACAACAGUGAUGAUUACAAAGUGAAGGAGGAAGAUCUCAGCAAGAACAUAACUUAUGAUACCAUAUAUGAGGCUUUGCAACAGUUUGGCUACAUGAAACCAGAAUUAAAUGAAUAUAAUAAUUUAGUGCUACCAGAUGGAUCUGAAGCUAUUAAUAGAAAAAUUGCUUAUAUUUUUAAGCAAAAAUUGCCUCUUCAAAAUAGAACAAUGUCAAAAUGUGAUAAAAUUGAUGUUUUAAAAAAAAAAGAAAGUAACCAAGAUUAUCGCUCAUAUAGUUACUACCUAGAUGUUAUGAAAAAGUAUAAUUUAGAUUUAAAUGUGAAAACGAACAACUUGAACAAGUUUUACAAAAGUGAUUCCAUUUUUUUUUUAUGA